AUGUCCGUCCGACCCGGAGCCCUCGCCGUCGCUCUCGCCUUGUCCCUCGCUGCCGUAGCCCUUGCGCCCCAUACACCCAACAUCACACAUACCACCACCACCUGCCCUCCAAGUCCUGGGUAUGGAUUGACCCUCGCACACUUACUUAGCUUAUGGCUGCUGGGAGUGGUGUUGCUGACCUAUUUUGGGUUAGCUCGCGCUCACGAGCACGUUCUCUGCGCAUCAUAUUGGAGCCCACCGCGAGGGGCCCAGUCCAGUGCUCCAGGCACUCAUUCAUUUACUCACAAACCUAUCGACAUCAAGCUUGCUUUGCAUUCGCGUCGCUUGGCCUCUACAGAUUCACAUUCUGCUCUACCCUCACCACCAUCAUACUCGAAUAUUGCACCCGCUCACGCUCCCGCGCUCAGUUCUGUUCCCGUUCCCAUCGCCCAGCCUAGCCCUUCGUCUAGCCCUUCGUCUGGAGUUCCGCGCGAAGCCGCAUUACCGCCCGGCCUGAAUCCACCGCAUGCCGCACAUGGCUCAUCUAUUCCCCCAGCGCCUCCUGUUCCCGUUCCCGCUCCCGUCGCCCUCGAAGCACCUGUUGGUCCAAUCCCGCUUCCGAUGCCCGCUCGCCGAGACCGUAUCGCGCCGGUUUUCGAUUCAGCACGCCCCCGAGACCUGCCCAAAUUCUUCGCCGACCUCGAAUUCCUUCUCGUCCGCGCCAGCGUCGUUGAUGACCAGCAGAAAAAGUACCAUGCUACGCGAUACCUCGAGCUCAUUGACCAAGAGCUGUGGGAGUUUCUGCCUGAGUUCCGCGACCCCGCCGCCUCAUUUGCCCAUUUCGCCAGCGCUGUCUUUGCGUUGUAUCCCGAAGCCGACCUAGACCGCCGUUACUCCGCCGCUGGCCUCGAAGCUCUUGUUGCUGCCUUCGCCGCUUCUAAACGUCCCUCCCGAACCGAUUUCUGCGUGUUCUAUCGCGAUUUCUGGCGCGCUUCGUCCUUUCUGCGCUCCAAACAUCGUCUCGCCAGUUUUGAGCAGAGCCAAGCCCUUGUCAGAGCCAUACCGCCCACACUUCGCCCCGCGGUCGACCAGGAACUCGAACUGCGCUUUCCGGACGUCCACGUCGACGACACAUACCCACUUGAAGCCGUUCGUGCCGCCAUUGACCGUGUAUUGCUGCAAAACAAGUCGUCCUCGUCGUCAGCUGUAGAAUCAGAGUCAGGAUCGCUUAUAACCGGGAAUAUGCCACGCACCACCGUUCCCCGCUCGCCCAGUGACCCUCCCGCUUCACGUCUCGACUCGCCGCCUUCGCCUCCGCGCUUUCGUUCGAACUGCUCGUACUGCAGUGAUCCCACACAUUGGAUCCGCGAUUGCCCCCGUCUCACGUUCGAUCUCGCGUCCGGCUUUUGCAAGCGCAACGCGGAAGGCAAGGUUGUCUUGCCCAACGGCCGUUUCGUCCCGCACAGUAUUGUCGGCCCGGAUUUACGCUCUCGAAUCGAAUUGUGCCGCCCAAUGACACCCCCGCCGUUUGCCGCCCCAGUCGCCGCUUCAGCGCCGAGUACUUCGCGUGUAGAGCCAACUAAACGCCCAAUCGAGUUGCCUAGCGUGCUGUUACCGCUGACAGAUGUCCAGAGAAUGGCGGAAAUCGAGUCCGAGCUUGCGGUUUUGCGUGCUCAUCGUUCCAAGCUCCAACGAGUUCACGCGAUAGACAUUCCGGCGCCGUCACCGUCGUUGUUGCUGCCCAACCAGCGGCAGCACAUCGAGCGGUCGUUCCUCAUUCCGCCUCGUAUUCCGCAGGAGUCGUUUGCGCUCGAGAGUCGUCGUUUGUGA